AAUUCACACGCAUUUCUUUCUUCGCUGCUGGAGCUGCCAUAGAGUGAUUUUUGUGUGAUUUGGGCCCUUUUACUCGGGGGACAUGCGAGACUGAGAGCGACCAUGAGACUCCAAAUUGUGGUCCAUCUGCUGCUGUUCGCAGGGGCGGCACUCGCGGCCACCCCUCUCAGAGACCCUGGCAUCUGCGGAAAUCCCACAUGCUCAGAGACGACAAAGUUCAAGUACAGCGCCGAGACGGACUAUUUGUACAAAUACAGCGCAAAUGUGACCACCUUUUUCUAUGGCACCAACCGAAAUGCCUCGUCCUUGUGGAUCGAGUCGGAAAUCUCCAUCAAGUUCAUCACAAGCUGCGAGGGUUAUAUGGAGCUGCGCAAAACGUCGAUAUUGGAGACGACCACAAUUGACGGGUUGCAGUUCAAGGGAGCGGGCGCCUCAGCAAACUCGGCCACCUUUGCCAAGGCCCUGGAAGAAUACCCUCUCAGAUUUUCUUUUGAGGAUGGACUGAUCGACGAGUUGUGCCCGAGGACGGGCGAGCUGUCGUGGGUGCUGAAUUUCAAGCGAGGCAUUUUGUCCUCGUUUCAAAACACGAUGGAGCGGUUUGACGUCGAGCACAUCGCCACAGAGACUGACGUGAAUGGCGACUGUGAGACUGAAUACACUCUAGUGAAGCCGAAAGAGACGAGUCUUGUGCUGAAGAAGGUCAAGCACAUGAACUCCUGCACUUCCCGAUUCCAGCAGCACUCGAUCAUCCAAACCACUCCUUAUCAGUUUCCUUCAAAGUACAACUCGAUUCCUCUGAUGUCGUCAAGCGCCGAGUGCUCCAUCAUCGUGGACCACAACGUGUACAGCAAGAUCGAGUGCAGCGAGUCUCACCUCUUCCAACCUUUCUCCAACCACCAGCGAGGCGCCAAGACGGAGGUGCGACAGACAAUCGCACUGAUCGAAGAGGUCACCACGGUGGUGCCGUUACCUGAUCAGGUUGAAAUCCGCACCAAGCUGACCUUUGACCACAGGCAGACGCCCAAACCGGCCUCGUCUGAGCUCAAGACCUCCAGGGACUUGCUCAAGGGCUUGUGCCAAAUGAGUUCGGACGGUCUGCAAGAAGGUUUUUCUCGUUCUUUUAAAAAACUAAUCCAAACCUUGAGAGUCCUCACCGUCCAGGCCCUCUCCCAACUUUAUACCAGAGCCCAAAGCGUUUGUUCCUAUGGAAGAAAACACCUGAAAAGUGCUUUGCCACACCUGGGCACAAACGCUGCCCUCAAUGUCAUGAAAGACAUUAUUUUAAAGGACGAACUUCCAGCUGAUGAGGUCAGAGACUGGCUUUUUUCAAUCGCCCUGAACCCACUUCCUGACGAAGCGACCCUAGAAUUGGUAGGGCCGCUGCUCAAGUAUGAAAAGCUGCAGGUGGAAGCUGUGCUGGCCGUGUCGGCCGUGGUUCACUCGUACAGACGGUUGCACCCUGACGCAGACUCGCACUCGGCGGUGCUGGAAAUUGUCUACCACCUGCAGCAAGCCACUCGCAACGAGUGCCAAACCAAAACGAAGCAAACCAACGCAAUAAAAGUGGUUUCGACGCUGAAGGCGCUGGGCAAUAUGGGCAUCAACACGCCAAGACUAAACCAGACCCUGCAGAUUUGCGUCGAAAACGACCUUUUGCAGAUGGAGACCCGAGUGACUGCGAUUGAAGCACACAGGCGACUGCCUUGCCACUUUGAUCGGAGCUACCUGCACUCUCUUUUGAAGGACCCGCAGGUCGACUCGGAAUUGCGAAUCGCUGCGUACAUCGAGGUCAUGCGCUGCCCCAGUUACAAACUGAUCAAAACGGUCAAGCACAUGCUCAAGACGGAAGAGGUCAACCAAGUCGGUUCGUUCAUCAUGAGCCACUUGGAAAGUCUGAAGAAAUCGUCAAUUCCCAGCCGAGUCGAAAUCCAAGGCCUCCUCACCGACGCCAACCUGAAAACAAAAUUCAGUCACGACGUCAGAAAAUUUUCGCAGCACUUUGAAAAGUCCGUCUAUCAUGAGGGAUACAAUAUUGGUGCAAAUGUUGAGGGUGGAAUAAUUUUUUCCCCGAAGUCUUACGUUCCGCGGUCGGGAAAUUUAAACUUCACUCUGGACAUGUUUGGCGAAUCAGUAAACAUUCUGGAGAUUUCCAGUCGCGUUGAAGGAUUUGAACGUUACGUUGAAUCCUUUUUCGGGCCCAACAGUAAUUACAGCCAGACGAAAGUGAAGGAAAAAGUUGAUCAAGUGAAGCAACUGUUGCGAAUCAAAAGAGACACCAAAACGAACGGGUUGAAGGAGCAGAUCGCGAAUAAAGGCAACGAUCUUUUUACGGAAGGAAAAAAGCCAAAAGUCACUUUUGGAAUGAGGAUUUUCGGAAACGAGUUGAAGUACUUGAAUUUUGAGGGGGAGGACCAAGUUAAAACCCUGUUCGACUUUGUCAACCCAAUGUCCAGAUUCAAAAGCUUGCUGAAUGAAAAGGAGGUGAACUUUGAAAAGUCAACAAUGUUCCUCGAUUCGAUGUAUGUCGUUCCGACUGGAGUCGGUUUGCCUAUAAAUUUGAAUGCUAUAGGUACAGCAGCCGUAGACUUCAAAACCUCAGGCUCAUUUAGGGCACCCAAGUUGCUCGAAACAGGAGAAAUGGACAUUGAGGGACUGGUGAAGCCAAGUGUUGUUGUGGAAGUGACAGGGUCUAUGUCAGUGGACGCUUACUACACCAAGACCAACAUCGAGGUCAAGUCCAAUCUCUACUCGGCCGCAGCCGUGCAAUGUCAGGUCAAGGUGCGAGGAAAGAGUCUGGUCAGCGCCUCAUUCAGCCUUCCCAAAGAUAGGAUGGAGAUAUUUAGCGCCAAGUCUGAGUUGUUUUUGAAACGCGACGGUCAAAAUGAGCUUCAGGAAGGGGUCACCGAGGGUCGAACGCAGGACAAGGUGUGCUCGUGGGCCCCCCUGGAGCAAAUGUUCGGCCUGCGCCUCUGCAUUGACUACCAAUACCCGAACACUUCGGUCGCGCAGCUCAACUCGUCUUCCCCUGUGCCGCCGUUGCCCUUCACCGGACCGGUCAGGUUCAGCGCCAACCUGCUGAAAACCGACCCCACGGUUAAAAAGUACUUGGUCGAAUUCAAGUGGGACGCCCAAGAGAACUCGUCUCUGCUGAGUUUGACUUUUGACACUCCGGGUUCGAGUAAGCCGAGACAAUUCAGCACUCGGCUGGAAAUCAACCGGGACAACAAAACGAGCGUCCAACUCAUUCUGCAGACGAGCCAGACUAAGUGGGAAGCUCACGGACAAUACUUGAACACUCCUACGGACAGACACAUUAAAUUCGGCCUGUCAAUGAAUGGCACAAAGCAAAUCGUGGCAGAAAUAGGCCUGCGCAGAGAAGAGGCGAAAAACGGACACAUUUACUACCCCAAAGUCUACCUGGCGCAAAACAAAACCGAUCUCGCUGUUCUCGGAGGAAGCGUGAGAAGGGAAGAGAAAAAAGGCAUCACUCAGUGGCAGGUAAAUCUGCGAAUGACCCUGUCGAGUUAUUUGAGCACCAACAUGACCGGCUACAUAAAAAAGACCGACUCUUCCCUGGCCGCGAACGUCACCUUCAAUUAUCAACUGAAGGCGGCCAAACCUGAGAAGGCCCGGAUUGAGUUCGACCUGCGCCAGAAAAGCACCAAAGGCAUGGAGCAGAAACAGGGCGAGGUCAGAUUGGAGAGCACGGCCUACCCCUACUUCAACAUCGAAGGGGCCGCGAAAUAUGUGAAAAUCCAAACUCUGACGGACUUUAAAUUGGACUUGAGAGGGAGUCAGCAGGACGAGAGCAACUGGACCGUCAGUUUGGUGUUUUUGAAGCAGCUGUCCAUCGAAAUGCAGAAAUUAUCCACGCACUUUGAGAUAAUAAAGCCAAUCAAGAAAAUCGAUUUCAAGGUGGCAUUUGACGGUUUCAUCAAGGAAAACGAGCAAAAUGCCACGGCUAGUCUCAGAUAUGCUCAAGAUAAGGAAAUGCUGGCGAGCGUGUACAGGAAGAAGCACAAAAGGUACCAAGAAGGAAUUGCUGUGAUAAAAUUACCAACUUUCCAUCCAAUGGUGGUGAACGGAACCGUCCACGAAAAAAAUCUAGAUGAAAAUCAGGCGCAGGAGAAGGAAAAGGAGCAGUUACAUGAGUAUGAGAUUGAUGUUGAUGUGGUUUGGUUCACCGGGUCCCAGCACAAGGUGUCUGGUACUUUCCACGACAAGAAACUUCUAGGCCAGCGGAUACCGGCCCUCAUCAGUUACCACCUGAAGCUGGUGGUGUCUUCGGAGACGGAAGGUUACGAGGAAACGAUGAUCAACGCCAAGUACCAAUACGAGAGAUCGAGUUUAAAGGCAGAAAUUCAGGCAAUUCAAGGCAAAAACAUCUACGCCGUGGGCAUGAAGUACAAAACGCCGACGGAAUCGAUUCACGAAAUCAUGCUCGACUUCAAAUACAAAACUCAGGUUUACACAGUGACCCUGAUUGCAGACCUGAAGGAAGAGAAACUCGUCACGAUCGACAUGCACCUGGACAAGAUGCGCGACGUUUCCAUAACUUUUGAUGGGCUCAACACGCUUAGCCACAAGAAAAUGAACGUCGAGGUCAAGUGGGACGUGAAUCGAGACCCGGAGCAGAAAAUCAGUUUUGGAUUUGUGUUUGAAAAUCCUGAAAGUAAAAACUACAGUCUUGCUGGCUCCCUUUCCUAUCCCGGCAGAAGGGUCAACGUUGCCUUCAAAGGAGCACUCAAAGGAAUUAAUUUCAACGCGUUGGCUCAAUGUGAUUGGGCUCCCGACCAGUUUAUUGAAGCGUCUGGAAACUUUCAAAGACAGGUUCACUCAAGUGGCCAACAGCUUAUCUUAAAAGCUCAGUUGCUGACACCUUUUGCCAACUGGAGGAAGACCAACUUUAAUACAGAGUUGGACUAUGGCACGCGAAAAUUCCUCCUUGGCGGUGACCUUCACUGGCAGAAUAAUCAAAAUAUGAUCUAUAACAUUUCUGGUCACUACGAAAACAAUGACGAUUACGUUUACUGCAUUUACAACGGCACCAUUGUGAGCACCAUUGAGGGAAUUCCAUCCAUUACCUCGCACGUGAUCCACAAUCAAACCGCCUCGACAGUGAAAACAGACGUCCACCUACAGAGGGGCCCAGAAAGACUUUUACUGAUGAAGAGCGAAUGGAAAGUGCUGAAGGACGAAGAGUUCACCAACCUGACGGGCAAGGUCGACAUGAUAUCGCCCUUCCAGGGAUACAAAAGCGGAAAAUUGUUAGGAAAAAUUGUGGUGCGCGAGUCAGAAAUUCACGGUGUAGCAGACAUGAAAUUGGAGGAGAAAAACUUCAGAAUUGACCUGAAUGGGCAUUUUGAAAGUUUCGCCGAGAACAUGUUGAUUAUGAACGCAACGACACCUGAGCCGAGAACUUUUGCCUUCCUGGCGCGCCUCGGUUAUUCGGAGAGAAACCGACACUUUGUGGCGCAAUUCAGUAAGCCGAACAGGUCUUUAGGAGCUGAGGUUUUGCUGAAAAUCGAAAGUUUGACCGAGUUUGACAUUAUCCUGGAUCUGGCAUCGCCGUUUGACCUGCUCACGAAACUGUCCUUUAGAGGACAAGCGGCCAAAGAUCACGUGGACUUGAGAGCAAGUUUCAAUGAGUACAACGUCGGUCUCAGUGGUCUGUGGCAGUACAAGUCGAAAACGAAUUUCGUGUUCAGUUUCAUAGUUUACACGCCACUGCCUGGAUACGAGAAAAACGGAGUUGUGGUCAAAUUUAUUAAGGAGGUUGACAACCUGGACGCGGAGGCUUCGAUCACAAUUGCUGACGCGAGGGUAGGUGUCACACUUCAGGGAGUGACAAAGUCGCCGAACAACGGUUUCAUAGAAGAGAAAAGCGAGGAAGAGGCAAAAGAUGAAAACCUCCCUGAUGAAUACGAAGUGGAAGAAACGGAAGAUCCCUUGUAUUGGAGUGUCCAGGCGCAAGUGGACACAAUCGUUUACCCGCCGGUGGUCAGCACGCUACUCGUUCAUGAAAUUUCUCCCAAACUCUAUUUGACCAACGUAAAAAUCAGCCUGCCUCAGGGAUUGAUUUCAUUAAAUGACACUUUAAAGAUGGAGGAUUUCUUCAACGUCAAAAAUGAUCUUUCUCUGAGCACACCCUGGAAGGAACUGGGACAAGUUGAGCACCAUCUCUACUAUUUCAUGGACACGGAGGAUGAAGUUUACCAAGUGGAGACGAGACUCAACCUCAAGCACAACGAGAAUUGGAUCGACACGGGAUUCCAGGCCGGUUACAAGAGGGAGAAGAAUUUACUUAAGAAAAGUGACGUUCGGCACGGAAUUUUCCACAUUCACUCGCCGCUGGAAGUUUUGCGGUUGGUGCAUUUGAAUGGCACUUUAGCUGCGGAAAACGGCGGCUACCACGUGGUAUUCGACGGAGCUGCUGGAAAUAAUACGGCGGACCUCGAUUUAUAUUUAAAGGCGGAUAAUAACGGCCUGAUCGACUUCAGCUCAGAGGUGGACGUCAGGAGCCUUUACUUUGACAUUCCCAAGUUUAAAAUCGGGGGAGUGCAAGUGCUGCAGAGAGAAGACUCUAAAAUGAAAACUCUCACAUUCAACGUGCUCGUUUUUAAAGAAGACCCGAUCAAGUUUGACGUGCAGUUCGAGUGGAACUUUGAACCACCGAAAGAAUACGCGGUGACCGUCACAGUGACUUCUCCUUACGACAAACUGAAAUCGCUCGUCGUGGGCGGCACAUUGGUCAGGGACAUUGCGGGUGAACGGUCUGUCCUGGACAGUUACCAAUUCAGUGCAAUUUACAACAACGAGACUUACGCCAACUCCAGAGGCUCCGUCAAUUACCAAAAGAAUAGUAUUGAAGUUCACGUCGACUCCUCUAUGCAAUACAUCCAGUCACUGAAGAUCAUGGGCGACUACAGCAAAGAGGAAGGAACGAACAAGAUGAAUUUUGGGGUGCAAAUCCACUACAACGGCAAGGCCUAUUUGUUUGAGGGUUGGUACGAACCGGGAGAGACGCCGCGGAGCUUUAAGUUCUUCUCCAAAUUCAUCUCCGGCCCGAAAAGCGCCAAAGAGCUGGUGCUGAACGUGCACGUCGAGCUGCGGGAAAACGCCGACGGGUUUGUGGCCGUGACCAAAAUUAAUUACAACGAGGACAACAUAGAGACAACUAUAAAUUACGUCAAAACGCGGCAGGAGGACCGCACCGAGAACAGCAUUAAUGCGGACAUUGAGACGACGCUGCCUUCGUACAAAAAUAUGGAACUGAAAGGUCAAAUGGUGCGCUUUGACACGGGCAACACCUCUCUUGUUGUGGACAUGAUUACUCCGGUCAAGGAUUUCGAACAAGUCCACUUUGAUGGAUUUUAUUUUCUGAUGCAGCAAAACGGUGCGGCGAGGGUAAACAUCCAAACGCCUUUGAUGAGCGGCCACCUGAAAGGUCAAUGGGCUUUGAAGUUGAUGGAAGACAUGGCCAUCCACAUAGACGCAAUGUUGAAUUCGCCCAAACAUAAAAAACACUACGUCACCGACACCUUUUACAAAAAUAAAGAUAAAUUGUCUAAACACCUUUCGGCUGGAAUGUACUUUGCCGAAAACUUCCAAGAUUGGCAAAUUGGUGGCAACGCAACUGUGACGAUCGCGGAUUAUUUGACUGCAGCGCUUACCCUGACAACUCCAGCGCCGUACCCUGAGGUCUACAAAAUCAAAAGUCGGCUUCUUUACCCAUUCCUUCUGACCAACUACAGUUUAUCUGUCGAUUACGACGUGGAAAAAGCAAACUUAAAUUACGGGCUUGAUAUUGAGGGCCAGUAUACACAUAAGAUCAUGUUUUCGUCAAUCGGAGCUAAAAUAGGCGGCGGGGAAAACAGUUCGAGGUACAAGAAUUUCAUUGAAGUGAAAACGCCAAAAGUUGAAAUUUACGAUGUAAUUUACAAACUGACAACACCAAUGUAUUUGGAGGAGGAAACGGUGGUUUUGAACGCCUAUUACUCAACCAAGCCUUUCUACAAGAUAAGGUCAAAACUUUUUUACCCCGAGUCGAAAUUCGCUUCCGGACUGGAUUUUGAUUACAAAAGCGAUUGGAAUAUGAACGGCACCUUCAACACCACGACUCCAAUUAAAGGUCUGGAAGUAGCUGGUGUCGCUUUGGAAGCUGUGACUGAAAUGGAAGACUGGAAUCAUAAUUUGGAACUUUACUGGAAUAAUAAUACGGCCAUUUUGAGUUCCAAAGCGCAGAUGGACACAAGCCGACCUGAGACUCAAAUAAACGGGACGCUGCUGAUUGAAGUCCCAAUUACGACCAGACACGUUGGUCUCAUCAACUAUGAAUAUUUUAUGGAAGAUGAUUCGACGAGAAUAGGCCACACUUUGGUGCAGUACAACCAGCGAAACGUUUUGGAGGCGAAGCUGCGAUCGAACGCAAUACUCAGGAGAGGCUUUGACAGCAAGAACAUUUAUCUGGAAGUGGAGAACAAUUUCACUCCUCUGGGAGCGAGAUACAAUCACUUGAAGCGAUUCGAAGACGAGGACCCUGCGAAACUACCAAAGACUGAAUACCAUCGAUUGGAGGUUUUCAAAUUGAGGAAUGCGAAGUCAUUCAAUUUAACCGGCGACCUGGAGGUUUUGACUACAGAGCAUGGAAAGGAGAUUAAAAUUACUGCAAUCAAUCCUAAUCGCACCGUCCACUUAUCCACGGACUACAAGGUGCUGGACAGGGUCCUGCACCACAACUCCAGAAUUCAGGUUGAGCCGGAAGUGUGGCUUUCAUACAACAUGGCCAUAACAAAUUUGACUGAGGAUGAGACAUUUGCCCGGAAAAGAAUUUUGUUCAACCUGCAAUACCCUGAGCGCAACGUGACCUUCAAGGGCAACUACAACCACUCGGCAGUCUCGCUUUCCUCCGACCUGACGCUGUUUUGGGAAAAGGAGGAAGAGGAAAAGACAAUCGGCGCCGGCAUUGACUGGCAAAGAAUUAGCUCGAAACCGAUGCAGCAUGUCACGGCCCUCUACAUGCGCCACCCCUCAUUACAAAAGGAUGUCACCCUCACUUUGGACAUGUACCGGGACGACAAAAAGUUUUACGACGUCAAGGCCGACUUGGUAUACGCCGAGGACGAAGACCAAAAGCUGGCCAUGUUUUCCGAGCUGCUGGACGAGACGCACGACAAAACCAAAGCGUACAAACUGGUUUUCGGCGCCCAGCAUCCAGCAACCAGUUUGGAGUUGAAGAUGGAGGGCAACGUCAAGUACGACGGCAACAUUUUCCAAACUGACAACUACGCCUCCUACAAGAGGUCCUACCUGCCGCUGUCGACAGGCGAGGCGCACGCCAAGUUGCAAUUAUCCGAGAGAUCCGUGGAACUCGAAAAAAUCACGCAGGUUGAACGGCAGUAUCUGAAAGGGUGGUACGACGUCGAGCCACCCAUUUACUCAGCCACCUUCACGGCGAUUCCGGGGACAGAUCAGAGCGCCGACGGCUACUUUUUCUUGAACACGGUCGAGUAUGAAACGGCCCUCACUGUCAACACGUCUGUCGAGGAAAAUUACAAAAAUCUGUACAUGAUCGGCAAAAUUCCGGACGCUCGAAACGCCCUAUUCCGAGUUUGGCGAAAUUACGACAGCGUAAUUAUCCCCGACGUUUCUUACUACCUCAAACUAAACCACUCGAGACUUAUCACUUCAAAGUUUGUGUGGAGAGCCGAGCUGCCGGACCAAUUAGCCCGCGGCACAAACGAGUACACAAACUCCGUGUGGGAAGGUGUGUACGAAUUCAUCGACACCUGGCGCCAGUACAUCAGGUCCCAGUCCGAGGAGGCCUUCAACGACAUUUGGACCGAGGCCGAGCCCAUAGUCGAAGACGCGGUCAAUGACAUCAACGACAUUAAGGACAUUCAAGAGGACAUGCUAAAAAUGUACACCUUCUUGAAUACGUCGUACUAUGAGAACCACUUUUACGUCAGGGACAUUGUCGGACUGGCCGUGCUUUUGAUUGAUGAGUUUUCUCUUCGGCGUCAUUUGGAAAAUUUGCCUGAGCUUGUGAAUGAAGUUUGGACGGUUUUGGGCGAGUCGGGAGAGUCGCUGAGAAAAUCGCUAAUUUGGGCGAUUGAGGCGUUGAAGGAAAAGUUUAACAAACUCGUGGAUUUGAUCAACUCUUUGCGCAAAGGAGAGUCGAACGUUCACUUGACCAGCAUGCUGGACAGUUUACGAGAAAAUUACGAUCGGUUCAUCAAAGACCUGCGGAUUUCCUUUACUCAGAAAAUUGACAACUUGCGCAAAAAACUAUCAGAAACAUUUAAUUCGUAUUUGAAGUCGCUGCAGCAAAUGCUGACACCGCUCUUCCUAAAAUUCAUUCACUUGGCCGAAACCGCGUUCGUCAAAGCCGGAGAUGAAAUUUCCAGUUUUUUCUACGAAAAGCAAAAGGAAAUCGUCGGAUCGCAGCACUAUCAAAAAAUGGCCAUCAUGUUGCAGGAUUUGCAAUCAAUUUACAAAGACAUUUCCAAAAACGACGCCAUUACCAACAUCAAAAAGUAUUCGACCAUGGCUUUUGAGUUCCUACGAGAGAAAUACGUCACACUUGUUCCAUUUGGAAAAGAGUUCCACGAUCUUGUGGUUGAGAUGUGGGAGGAAAUCAAGGAGUUGCAGAAACUGUCGUCCGUCAGCUUCGUUUUGCAGAAAAUUGACGAAGUUUACGAAAAGCUUGAGUGGCUGUACCAGAAAUUCGACGUCGGAGGAAGACUCAACGACUUGGUUCUCUUUUUCCAUUUGAAAAUCUACGAGAUCUCUCAAACCGCGCUUGCUGCGGAAAACAACAACCGAGACGCAAAGACCAAAUUCAUAUUCGAGCCGGAGAAGGGCAUAAUCGACCUGGAGCAAAAACUGCCCAUUUCGUGGCACUCCUUCAACGAGCGGCCUAACUACGAGGAAAUUCCCGAGUACAAAUUCCUGACCAACUUGCAAAAUUACUUCACGCCCAGCAACAGAUCCUAUUUGUACUAUUUCGGACUCGCCACUAAAUACAUGGAGCCCUCAAAUUGGCUUCCACCCUUCAAAGCGCAAGCAAUGCUCGUCGGUUCGCAGCAUUUCAUCACGUUUGACCAUCGGGUGCUCAAUUUCCACGGCGGCUGCUCGUAUUUGUUGGCGCACGAUUUUGCUGACCACAAUUUCAGUCUGGUCGCGCAGUACAACCCGCAAGCUAAAAACGCGCCUCCGACUUUGAUAACCAUCCUGGAAAAGGAUAUCAUCAAGAUUGACCUGUCUGACUCGAGCAUGCAAAUCAACGAUAAGUAUGACACAAGAUUACCCAUGAUGACCAGCGACGGUACUUUUGUCUAUCAAGAGGGAAACAUUGUGCACAUAAAGAGCAAUAAAAGUUUUGAAAUUCUCUGCAACUUCCACUUCCAAAUAUGCACCCUCGAGUUGGCAGGCUGGUACUUUGGAAAAACGGCAGGCUUACUGGGCACGAUGGACAACGAGCCGGCAACGGAUCUUUUGAGCGAGAACGGCACCGUUUUGUCGUCGGUGCCGGAUUUCGCCUCAACCUGGCAAUUGGAUGACGAAGUUUGCUUGGACGAAGGAGCAGUUUUCCUGGCAAAAACGCCAGACGCGAAAAUCGUCAGCAAGUGUGACCUUUUGUACGAUAGCAGAGAGUCAGUCAUGGCGGACUGUUUCUCAGUGGUGGAUCACCUUCCGUUUAAAGAAAUGUGUCUGACAAGCAGAGUUUACAAGGACUCGGAGGCCUGCGUUUCGGCCAAGGCGUACAUGGAAGAGUGCAAACUGGCUAAUGUCAUCAUCACCUUGCCCGAAGACUGCGUGUGGUGUGAAAUUGAUGGUAAGGAAAUGCUGAAUGGAGACAUUAGAGAGGUAAACAUGGAGAACGAGCCGUGGACAACUGACAUUGUGCUCAUCAUCGAGGCCAAGGAGUGCAACCGAGACUUGAAAAACACCAAACACAUUACCCAAUUUCUGAAUAUUUUAACAAUGGAGCUGCGAGAGGCCAACGUUACCAACAACAGAUUUGCAGUUGUGACUUUUGGAGGCGACGGAGUUUUUGACGAGCCGAGGACUUUAAUGACGAGCAAGGAAUUUUCUGAAGUUUUUGCCAACAACUUGCUGGAUAAUUUGCCAAUUGGAGAUGGACGCACAGAUAUAAUUACUGCUGUGACUUAUGCGGCAAAAAUGCGGUUUAGGCCAAAAGCGUCUAAAACUUUCAUCCUCAUGCCGUGCUCAAAUUGCAGCACUAGUAGUAAUUUACUGGAUUAUCCCUUUACAAGUCAGAUGCUGGCUGAAAAUGAUAUCACACUUCACAUUCUCAUGGAUGAAGAUUUUUCAGUAAGCAAGUUAAAGGCGAGGAAACUCCUCUUCGGUAUUGAUGGCAAAACUGCGUACACGAAGAAAGACAUAAAAGAGCUUAAGGGCGACGCUGAUCUUUUCCGUCAAGUAACUCCACCCAAAGAAAGUCUCGGCCUCUGUUUGCCGCUUGCUCUCGAGUCCAACGGCACAAUCUUUACAGCAAAGAAAAUUGAAACGGAAAAGCAACGCGGCUCGAAAAACUUUGCCACCGUUUUUGCAAAGCGGAUAGCAAAGACAGCGCGGCCUAGUUCGUGCCUGCACUGCGAAUGCCUCACUGACGAGCACGGUGCCAGUCUGGUUACAUGUUCCCCAUGUUACUAUCCUCUACCAAUUGAGGGUGACUUUGAUGAAGACUCUAUGCUGAGAGCAAUGCAGCCAGACUACGAAAAAAUCAAGAAGCUCAUGGAAGACCAGGAAAUGUUGUUUGCAAACGCAAGUCACAAAAUAUUCCAGUAAUUUAAGAUACAAGAUAAACCAUAAGCAAAUUUUGUAAAUCAUAUAAUAAUAAGAAAAUUCCUACCUUAAUUAUUUCUCUCCUUG